CCACCAGAGGAGCCUGAGGACCGGCUCAGGGCUGGACUCCGGGCUACCUGUUGAUGGCCACGCAGCGGCAUCUGGGAACCUGGCGCUGAGGCCGCCCUCGGCCGGGAUCUGCCUCUUCAGCGGACCCGGGCGCUGGAGUGAGGCCCCGGACCAGGGUGACGGCCCAGGCGGGGGAAACCUUAUCCUGGGCCUGGACCGGAGAGGGGGAAACUCGAUCUUUGGGACUUUGAACAAGUAAAAUGCGAGAAGUUUGCUAAUAAAGCUAUCACCAAAGGUUAGAAACAAAAUCAAGUAGAAGAAAUGCUUAUAGUAUGGCAUGUGGGAACACCUCUGCAGCAGAUAGUCUUGUGUUAGGGGCUAUCCAGAUUAUGAUUGGCAUUUUUCAUAUUUUCAUGUGGUAUUUCCUAUUGGUUUUGUAUAUGGGACAAAUUAAAGGAGUCUUUGGGACAUAUGAACCUAUAACUUACAAAACAGGAUGUGCUUUUUGGGGAAUUUUUUAUAUUGUGUCAGGAGCUUCCACAAUAAGAUCAACACAGAAAUCGAGUCAAUACCUGACGAUAUGGGCUUUGAUCAUGAACAUCUUCUCUGUAAUUACUGCAUUUAUUGCACUAUGUCUAACAGUACUUGAGUUGUCUACUUUUCAUACUGUGUCAUAUAGGAAUUAUGGACAAGCGUAUGUAGAGGAUCAUCAGUGGAAAUAAUUCAGAGAAUAGAAAACAAGACUGUAUGGCCGGGUGCAGUGACGCAUGCCUGGAAUCCCGGUGGCUCAGGAGGCUGAUGCGAGAAGAUCGUGAUUUCAAAGCCAGCCUCAGCAAAAGCAAGGUG